GUUUCACAAUAAGAUUUAGGCUUUAGUUAAGGUGUUUUUUAAAUUUUUAGUUUUAAUGUGCCUUAUCUUGAAACCGAUUAAGGGCACUGACAUUAAGAAUUGUCAGUAUGAGUUGCUUUCAACCUGAAGCAUGAUGCUGAUGCCAGUGGUUUCAUUUUUCUGUCUGCUCUCUCCGACUCUAGCGAUUACUGAAGUGGGCCUCAGUGGUAACCUGCUUCUGUUUCCAAUCAAGACUAACACCAGCUUUGUCAAACUCCUUCCUGAAGAGCCACUGAGUCUUUCAGCGUUUACUCUCUGCAUGCGUGUGGCGACGGAGCUCCAGGGUGACCGGGAGAUCAUUCUGUUUGCUUACCGCACACCCGAGUUUGAUGAACUCAACGUGUGGAGACGUGACGAUGGUUGUGUGGCCUUGGUAAUCCAGUCUAAUGGCGAAGAAGCAUUUUUCCAUCUGCCUCCUCUCUCCACCUUCCAGACUCACCUGUGUGUCACUUGGAGCUCUGCGUCUGGUCUCACUGCCUUCUGGGUGGAUGGACGUCGCAGUUCGUUCCAGAUCUAUAGAAAAGGUUACUCAAUCCGUCCUGGUGGCACCGUCGUGCUCGGCCAGGACCCUGAUAGAUAUCUGGGUGCCUUUAACGCAGAGCAGAGUUUUGUAGGAGAAAUUUCAGAUGUGCAAAUGUGGGACUAUGUUCUCCCUGGCAGUCAGAUUAAGGCGGUUUAUUCAAACCAGGAACCGUAUGUGCCAAAGGGAAACGUGUUCGACUGGAACACUGUGGAAUAUGAGAUUAAUGGAAAUGUGCUAGUGGUGCAAAUUAACUGAUUCUGAUCAGUUGUCACGUCUCACACCGGCUCAUCCACGCAGUUAUGUCAAUUUCUAUAAUCGAUUCAUCUGUUUUAAUGAUUUUCAAACCUGUAAGGGCCAACAAGUAGGAAUUGUUCACAAAAGUAACCAGUAAAAGCUCUCUGCAUUACAACUGCAGUGUCUGUUCAUAAUUUUGAAAGUUGUUUGUGCAUGUGUUGCCUAUAUACAGUAUAUACACGCACCUUUUUAGACACUUUUAUCCAAAGUCGUCCUUUGUAUAUUUGUGAAAAUUUGACCAUUUUUAUCUAAAGACAAUGCUUUACUGUGUGAUUUGCAUUACUCAUGUUACGUUUUGGUUGUAAUGCCAUUUCCAUCACAACCAUAGACUGUUAAAAAAAACAAAAAAAUAAGCAAAAUUUUAAAAGUUCACCGGCCGGAAACGAGAGCUGCGCCAGGAACACUUCUAUAGCGCCCUCUAC